AUGCCGGAAAAUGCAACAAAUUAUGAUGGAAUCAAGACAAUGUGUGGACCAAAUUUCAAAUUGGCGACUCUCGACAGAAUCGAUCUGAUUGGAAUUGUCGAGAGAAUAUUCAGACCAUCGACUUCAGUUUGGAUGGAUUUCCUCACAAAUUAUAUAGGAAUCUAUUUGGAGAAUAUUCAUAAAUCAGAUGAUCUAGCAGAAGACGAUGAAUAUUUCGAUUUGAGGGAACAAUUUAAUGGCAAAUUUGGCUAUAUCAAACCACUAGAUAUCAAGGAUGACAAUAUUCUUUUCAUUUGCGAAAAACCAUACAAAGACUCAUAUUCUGCAGUAAGUGGUGAUGUUGGAAAAUAUUCCGAGAUAUUCUUUGAAGAAUACGCACUACCGAAUAAUCUAGUGUAUCCGACAUUUGGAAAAUAUGGAUUCAACGAGGAUCAUUCGGUGAAUCUCUCAAUUCCUUCGAAUUAUUUCUCGCAGACCAAAUAUGUUCACACCGGAAUUAAAGAAACCAAUUCAACAAGGUUGUGCGAUGGAUUCGAAAAUGAAGACAUCUGUAAUGCAAGAAGGAAUAUGACGCCAUCGAUGAUAAUGAUAACAGAUGCAGGUAAUUGGCAAUUAACAUCGGCUCCUUUCGGACAGCGUUCUCCAAUGUAUUGUCAUUCACCGAUCGCUAAAGAUGGCUGGGACUACCAUCUUGGAAUCCAAACGUGGGAUGAUGGAUUUGCUCAGGAUUAUUAUGUUGGAAAAAAUCCAGUUUUUGACUUCUUCUGGUCAUUAUGGGAUAAGACUUAUUCGCCUGGACCGCCAGGACAACGCAUAGUUCUUACGAAAAACAAGCUUCUUAAGACUUUACACUAUUGUGGAAGAACUGGAGGAGAAAUCACAAAAGACAUCGUGUGGUGUUUAGAUUUUAUUUUCAAGGGGACCACAAGAUCCGAUGCGAUUAUGUAUUGGUACGUCACAUUGAUGGAAUUGAUUUGCCCAAAGGAGCUUCUUGCUCGAUCCCUUCGAAACGUCUAUCUUACGGAUAUCAUGUCCAAGACGAAAGAAGCAAUUAGGGAGCUUUUGUUGCCAACGAGCAACCGAUGGAAGUCCCGAUUUGAUUUCAAUGAUAUAUAUGAGAAAAUGAAAGAAGGCGAACCGAAGAUUAUCGUCUGCGACGAGAAAUUCGUCGGCGUAUCGAAAACCAUGUGGCAUUUGUAUACGAACAGUACCGGAAAUGUUACAAUCGAAACCUCAAUUCUUUUCCGUGGAAGACCUUUCCGAUUCCGUGUCACAACCGACGUUUACGAAGAAAAACAUUUUCGAGUCAACUGGGAUUUCGACAUCGCCUUUGAUCUGCUUAUGGCAAGCUUCUUCCUUAAUUGA